UAGCAGCUUAUACAUUGUUGGAUUACUGAUGGGAAAUGUUUGUUUUAUUUGUUUGUCAACAGGAACCUACUGCAGAGGAGUUUGAGGACAAGGACUGGACUUUUGUCAUUGAAAAUGAGACAAAAGGCCGUAGGAAGGUGUUGGCAUCGGCAGACGUCAACAUGAAGAAGUUUGCCAGUGCCACGCCGGCCCAGUACGAUGUGACGCUGAAGCUCAAACCGAUUUCCGUCAAAGUGGUGGAGGCCACUCUGAAACUGAACCUGUCUUGCAUCUUCCUCAAAGAGGGCAAAGCCACAGAUGAGGACAUGCAGAGUCUGGCCAGUCUGUUGAGCAUGAAACAGAGUGACAUUGGAAACCUGGAUGACUUUGCAGACAGUGAUGAUGAAGGUGGCGAGGAGAGGAGGGCCAGCUUCGGACCGGCUUCUCAUGUCACUGCCUCUGCUUCUUCUUUCAUGAGAGUACAUGAUUUGGCUUGGAGGCCUGCAAUGGAAUCAGGUCCUGCAGAGAUUGAUUGGAAAGCGACCUCUGGCAUUUCCUCCACCAUCUCAGCCCCAUCUCAGCCUCCUCUGCCCAAACCCCCAGACCCCCCCGUUCCAUCCUCUCUAUGCAUCCGACCACCGAACACUGGCCCCCAGGCCCGGCCCUCCCCCUAUGCCUACUCACUGCCAGCCUUUACUCGUGCUCACCCUCCUGCACUUCCCAAAAUCUUCCAGCCCGCUGCCGGAUCAGGGCCCAUUUCAGCUCCGCGGAAGCCCCACAGCUUCCACAGUGGCUCCACUCCAGCUGAGGGCCUGGAAGCUUUUACCUUCACCCCUCCUAAAGCCCCCUCUUUCCUCUCUGCCUCACCCUCUGAUUCAUCUCUACAUACUCCCACUUUCCCUGGUACCUCCCAAACAGCCUGUCCCAGUAUCCCUUCCUUUUCUUCUCCGUUCUCCUCCUUCGCUUCAUCUUCAGCUCCUCUCAGUCCCUGUCCUCCUCUGCCUCCUCUGCCUCCUGCUCCCAGAAACCCUAAAGCUCGCCCCUUCUCAGUGGGGGAGCCGGGCUCUGGCCUCACCCGGCCCACCAGCCUGCCUUCGGCCCCAGAGACAGCUUCCUGGCAGAGUGAAUGGAGGCCUGCUAAAUCUCAGGCUCCUCUAGCACAACCUGCCAUUUCUCCUAAGUUCCUGCAUCUCUCUGCCAAGGACCCUGGAAAGCCUGCAGUGCUGCAGAAAAAGGAGAUAGAGACGCCAUCUUCAGCCUCUGUGCACCCUGGCCCUUCUUCAGAGCAGAGGCUCCAGGGAGGCUCUGCUCUUGUUCCGUCCUGGAGACCCCAGGUCCCUGCUGCACUGCAGACGCCCUUACCUUCUCUCAGCCCUCCCUCUGCUCUCAUAUCCUUUUGGCCUCCUCCUUCUCCUCAGCCUCAUAUUUCCCAAGCUGCCAUACCUUCUCACAGUGACCAAGAUGCAGAAUUCAAAAGACAGUUGAGUACGUUAAACGAAGAGGACAACCAGUCUACAACACCUACAACCCCUGAUCCCAGACUGCCGCCUAACUUCAGGACCGAGUCUUCCAGGGCUUCAGAGCGGAAAAGAGACGCACAAUUUGGAUCCGAGGUUGUUAAGGCAUCAGCAGGGUAAGUUCAUAUAAAAGGUUGCUUUUGAUCUGGUUUGGUGUUUUUUGAAUAUUUGGUGUGGUUGGCAUGGCUGUAAAGGAAUAAUCCACCCUCUGAUACUCCAACACUUGUUUUCAAAAAGUGUGAUGUUGGAUGUUUUGUACGGGUUGCAUAUGUAAAUAGUUGAGCAGGGUUGUUUAUUUGAGACAUUGGAAGUAGCAGUUUGAUUGAGAAUAGGGAUAGGUUCCAAAAGACUAGUAGAAGUAUCUCAAUUUGGCACGGUUGUGUCUAACAUUUUGGAGCCUCUUCAAAAUUAUUUAUCAGAAAAUGUGUAACAGGCAGGAUUUUGUGAAAGCCCAAGAGCAACAAUAUUAGGACCCCCUUUAACCUAGUGAGAAACUCCCUCUGGAGGGAACACAGGGAUUGUAGCCUUUGCAGACCAUUUACAU